AUGCAAUCCCCACUCCGAAUCGCCGUGUUGGAAUGCGACACCCCAAUCGACAGCGUCAACCGCCGCUACAAUGGAUACGGCGGGGUAUUUCGAAAGCUUCUAAAAGCCAGCGCCAAUGCACUAAAUCAGCCUGAAACGCUGAAUCCAGAGACGGGUCUAGAAAUCAAAGCCUGGGAUAUAGUGAACGACGACAAAUAUCCGAAGUUGGAAGACGUCGAUGCCGUACUUCUCACAGGAUCAAAACAUAAUUCUUUUGAAGAUAUCCCCUGGAUCAACCGCCUCGUGGAAUUUACUCAGCAAGUCCUCGCACAGGAUCGAGUCCGCCUACUCGGAAUCUGUUUUGGACACCAAAUCGUGGGCCGCGCAUUAGGAAGCAAGGUUGGACGCAGCGAUCAAGGGUGGGAAAUUGCAGUUUGUGAUAUGGACUUGACAGAGAAAGGAAAAGACCUGUUCGGACGAGAUAAAAUUGUAAGUCUUUCGCAACCUACGCAUGGUGUAACACGGCAUUGCGUCAAAUACGACAAUCGAGCUAAUUGCUUUUUCUUCCACUGCAAACAGCGCAUUCAACAAAUGCACCGGGACAUUGUGUAUAAUUGUCCCCCCAACGUGAUUUCGUUGGGCUCAUCCCCGCUCUGCGCGGUGCAGGGUAUGUAUGCACCGCGCCGCUUUAUCACUGUCCAGGGCCAUCCUGAAUUUACGGGGGAUAUCACCACGGAGGUUAUCCAGGCUCGAGCGAAGCAGGGUAUCUUUAAGGAGGAUCAAGCUCGGGAUGCUCUGAGCAGAGCUAAUAUUGAACAUGAUGGUGUUACCAUUGGUGUGGCUUUCCUGAAGUUCCUACUGGAGAACUAA